GUUAGCAGCUCCGUGCGGUGUGUACGGCGUAGCAGUUCUUCAACCAGUCCCAUUUUCUUUUCUUCUAACUAAGGUCUUACAAACAUUCACACUCAAGCCACGAUCGUGAGGUUGACGAGCUGACUACGAAAAAGGCCAGUCAUGAUAACAUCUGCCGCUGGGAUUAUUUCACUCCUUGAUGAGGAGGAACCACAACUCAAGGAGUUUGCUCUGCACAAGCUAGACUCCAUUGUAAAUGACUUCUGGGCUGAGAUUUCAGGAUCUGUUGAUAAGAUCGAGGUCCUUUAUGAGGAUGAGACUUUUCGGAGCAGGGCAUUUGCUGCUUUGGUGGCCUCCAAGGUUUUUUAUCACCUUGGAGCUUUUGAGGAAUCCCUAAACUAUGCUCUUGGUGCUGGAGAUCUCUUCAGUGUCACAGAUGACUCGGAGUAUGUGGAAACCAUCAUUGCAAAAUGCAUUGACCACUACACCAAGCUGCGGGUGGAGAAUGCCGAGCUCCCUGAGGAUGAGGAGAAGAAGAGCAUUGACCCCCGUUUGGAGGGCAUUGUCAAUAAGAUGUUCCUGCGUUGCCUGGAUGAUCACAAGUAUAAACAGGCCAUUGGCAUUGCCUUGGAGACCAGACGUCUUGACAUGUUUGAAAAAACCAUAUUAGAAUCGAAUGAUGUGAGUGGCCUCCUUGCCUACAGCUUGAAGGUGUGCAUGUCCCUGAUGCAGAACAAGAAGUUCCGUAACGAAGUAUUGCGGGUUCUUGUCAAACUCUACAUGAACUUGGAAAAGCCUGAUUUCAUCAAUGUUUGUCAGUGCCUGAUAUUCCUAGACGACCCACAGGCUGUGAGUGAUAUCCUUGAAAAGCUUGUGAAGGAGGACAACCUGCUGAUGGCCUACCAGAUCUGCUUUGACCUGUAUGAAAGUGCCAGUCAGCAGUUCCUCUCAUCUGUCAUCCAGAACUUGCACACUGUAGGAACACCUAUUCCUGCAGUUCCUGGAUCCACAAAUACAGGCACUGUGCCCACACCAGACAGUGAAGCAAUGGAGACAGAUGACAAGGCUGGCAGUUCCCCUGCUGGAAAACCAGCAGAAACGAAAGAGAAAGAUGAGCCAAAAGACCAAAAUGCCAAGAUGAUUAAGAUCCUCAGUGGGGAGAUGGCCAUUGAGCUGCACCUGCAAUUCCUAAUUCGAAAUAACAACACGGAUCUGAUGAUUCUUAAAAACACAAAGGAUGCGGUUCGAAAUUCGGUGUGCCACACAGCGACGGUAAUAGCCAACUCUUUCAUGCACACGGGAACAACAAGUGACCAGUUCCUCAGAGAAAACUUAGAAUGGCUAGCAAGAGCCACCAACUGGGCAAAGUUUACAGCCACAGCUAGCCUGGGGGUUAUUCACAAGGGUCACGAGAAAGAGGCACUCCAGCUAAUGGCGACCUACUUGCCCAAAGACACAUCUCCUGGAUCUGCAUACCAGGAAGGAGGAGGCCUGUACGCUCUGGGACUUAUUCAUGCCAACCACGGUGGAGACAUCAUUGACUACCUGCUGAGUCAACUUAAGAAUGCCAGCAAUGAUAUCGUCCGUCAUGGCGGCGCUCUUGGCUUGGGUUUGGCUGCAUUGGGAACAGCCAGGCAGGAUGUUUAUGACCUGCUCAAGUCAAACCUUUACCAGGAUGAUGCUGUAACUGGUGAGGCAGCCGGCUUGGCUUUGGGUCUGGUCAUGCUGGGCUCUAAGUCAGCUCAGGCAAUUGAAGACAUGGUCGGCUACGCUCAAGAGACACAGCAUGAGAAGAUCUUGCGUGGCCUGGCAGUGGGAAUUGCUCUAGUCAUGUAUGGGCGCAUGGAGGAGGCUGAUGCGCUCAUUGAAAGCCUCUGCAGAGACAAGGACCCCAUCCUGAGGCGCUCCGGUAUGUACACAGUGGGAAUGGCCUACUGUGGCUCUGGGAACAAUAAGGCUAUCCGACGGCUUCUGCAUGUCGCUGUAAGUGACGUCAAUGACGAUGUGAGAAGGGCAGCCGUCGAGUCCAUUGGCUUCAUCCUGUUCAGGACCCCAGAGCAGUGCCCAAGCGUGGUGUCUCUUUUGUCGGAAAGCUACAAUCCUCAUGUGCGCUGUGGGGCUGCUAUGGCUCUUGGAAUUUGCUGUGCUGGAACAGGCAACAAGGAGGCCAUUAAUCUUCUGGAGCCCAUGACUAAUGACCCAGUGAAUUACGUGAGACAGGGAGCCCUCAUUGCAUCUGCCCUCAUCAUGAUCCAGCAAACUGAAGUCACAUGUCCCAAGGUGAACCAGUUCCGGCAACUUUAUUCGAAGGUGAUCAAUGACAAGCACGAUGAUGUGAUGGCCAAGUUCGGCGCCAUCCUUGCCCAGGGAAUCCUUGACGCGGGUGGCCGUAAUGUUACCAUCUCCCUCCAGUCGAGAACGGGUCACACUCACAUGCCUUCAGUGGUCGGCCUGCUGGUCUUCACCCAGUUCUGGUUCUGGUUUCCCCUCUCUCACUUCCUGUCGCUGGCCUUCACCCCAACUGCCAUAAUCGGCCUGAACAAAGACCUCAAGAUGCCGAAGGUGCAGUACCGCUCCAACUGUAAGCCCUCCACCUUCGCCUACCCGCCGGCUCUGGAGGUCCCCAAAGAGAAGGAAAAGGAAAAGGUAUCCACCGCCGUGCUCUCCAUCACCGCCAAAGCCAAGAAGAAGGAGAAGGAGAAGAAAGAGAAAGAGGAGGAAAAGAUGGAGGUGGAAGUGGUGGAGGGAGAGAAGGAGAAGGAGAAAAAGGACGAAGAAAAGGACAAGGAGAAGAAAAAAGAGGCUGAGCCGAACUUCCAGCUCCUGGAAAACCCAGCCAGAGUGAUGCCGGCUCAGCUCAAAGUCCUCACCAUGCCGGAGACCUGCCGCUACCAGCCCUUCAAACCGCUCUACACAGGCGGGAUCAUCAUCAUGAAGGACACCAGCGAGGAGGAGGAGGAGCUGGUGGAGCCCGUCUCCGCCCAUGGCCCCAGAAUCGAGGAGGAGGAGCAGGAGCCCGAGCCCCCCGAGCAGUUUGAGUACAUUGAUGAGUAAAGGUGUUGUCAAAGCAAAGUAAUCUGAAUGGGGUCCCUGCAUGACGGUCCAGUGCCUCCUCCACCGCUCGUCCAUCCACCUCUCCUCCUUUUCAACACAUUUAUUUCCUGUGCUAACUUCUUGUCUGGAACUGUGCUCCGUAUCAUCUUGUUUAAUUUCUGAAGUCCCUACAAUAAAAGUAAUGUAAAUUAGA